CUUGCCGGGCUCGGGGCGGACCGAGCUCACCAAGUACGGGCUGCCCGGGCUGGCGCAGCUGCGGAGCCGCGAGUCCUACGUGCUGUGCUACGAUCCGCGGAGCCGCAGCGCGCUUUGGGUCAUCGAGCAGCUCAACCGGGAGACGCUCAGCGGCACCUCGGACCGCGCCGCCUGCGAUUUCCAAGAGGACGAUUCGGUGCACGAGUAUCACCGAGCUACCAACGCCGACUACCGCGGCAGCGGCUUCGACCGCGGGCACCUGGCCGCCGCCGCUAACCACAAGUGGAGCCAGAAAGCCAUGCGGGACACCUUCUACCUCAGCAACAUCGCCCCGCAGGAUCCUCAUUUAAACCAGAAUGCCUGGAAUAACCUCGAGAAGUACAGCAGAAGCUUGGCAAAGAACAACAAGAACGUCUACGUCUGCACAGGACCCCUUUACCUGCCCAGGAUGGAGGCCGAUGGGAAGAUGUACGUCAAGUACCAGGUUAUUGGGAAGAACAAUGUGGCCGUUCCCACCCAUUUCUUCAAGGUGCUCAUCUUGGAGAAGGAGAGCGGGGAGAUUGAGUUGCGCUCUUACGUGAUGCCCAACAGCCCUGUGGAUGAGAAAAUCCCCCUGGAACGCUUCCUGGUUCCCAUUGAAAGCAUUGAGCGAGCCUCAGGGCUCCUCUUUGUCCCAAACAUCUUGAAGAGAACAGGUAACUUGAAAGCCAUCACAGCUGGAAACAAGCGUUGAACCCUGACUAAACAAAUCUAGGUAUCCCCUGGUAAGGGACUCCCAGCAGUCAUCUGCAGAACACUAGUUCCUUGUGCAAUUUUAAAUGUGAGAAAUAAGAAUCAAACCAAUGCUUCUCUUUACCUUUCCCCUUGUCUCAUGCAACAGUGAAACACGCACAUGCAGCAGGUCUCAAGGGCAGGUCCUGCAGAAGGCUCCUGGGUGUCUGACACCAUCGUAGGUCUUUAGAAUUUGCCCCUAAUCUGCAGUAUGGAGCAUACCCCUGUAAUUGCUCCCUUUGAGUUGUGUUCACCUUAAGACACAAAGGGAAGUUACUUCAUUUCUGCUAUUUAGCAGGGAAGGAUGGGAGCAUGAUGGGUGCAGGGGGAGGAGAGGAGAGGUUCCUGCCUUUCUGUGGCCAAAGGAUUGUACAAUUGUUUUCUUUCAGAAGAUGGUUUUAGCAGUAAAGCUUUGAACACCCACAAUAUUGGUUGUUUCUUAUCUGCUCUUACCAAAGCUCUGAAUAUCUCAGCAGGGGUGGGAAGGACAGAGCCAACUUUUCCAGCUGCUUUCCUGUUGAGCUCACUAUAGGCAGAGGUUAAGGCAUCAUAGAUG